AUGGAUCUUAGGACUAAAACAGUAAGGCAAAUUUUUCAAUUUGAACUUUUAGCUCAUCCUUUUAAUAAGUCUGAUGAAAUUAUUUACUAUGAGAAUUCUUUAUAUAUUUUUGGAGAAAGAAAGCUUUCUGGCUGCAUGAAAAUUGACCUGAAUAGUAAGAGAUAUUAUAUGCUACCAUUUCCCAUCUUGCAUCAUAAGAUGUUUUGUAUCCUUUUAUAUAAAUAUGUUUUAGUUGCGAAUUAUAUUGACUCAAACCUGUACUUAUAUGACCUUAUGAUUGAGGAACACUCAAUAAUCGCUUCUUUUGAGCAUUUACAAUGCUUUAAACAUCUUUUUACAGACAAUCUAAGGACUUAUUUAUGGAUACCUCUAUCCGCUAUAUAUGAAAGUGAAGAAAAUAAUCCAUUUAUAUGAAAUCUAAUAGGAAACUCUGAUUUUGGAAUUAGUUUUAUCCCCUCUGAAAUUAAUUAUAGCAAUUAUAUGGGAAAUCUUUAUCUCAGUUAUAUCACAAGGUCAUCAAUGCCGCGAACAUAUUGCUACAUUUUUAAUCGAAAGAAAAAAGAAAUGGAGCUGAUUAACCAUAUAAUAGGCAAUAAUUAA